AUGAACAAUAACUAUAUUGAAGAAUUACCUCAGUAUCUGGACUAUCGUGGAUUUGAAGGCAGUUUCAACAAUGAUAUUUGGAUGACACAGGAAGUACCAGAGAUCAGCCCCAGUCCCUGGUGGCUACAUGAUAAUCUAAAUGACUGGGUUGCAUUUUCAGAGUACAUAUCUUUACAGAAGGACCCAUCAUACAAAAUUUUUGACAGCAAAAACAGAUCACAUUCUAUGAUCCCAGACACAUCCAAUGAACUCCCCAUGUCAAACAUUGGAAGCUUUAACUCACAGCAAUUUCCAGGUUAUGCAAUACAUCCACAGGUUGACCACAUGAGUACCAUGGUACAGGCUUACCCACAACAGCUAUUUGAAAGCAGCACAUCAUUGGAAAGGAAUCAAGAAGAUUUGAGUAUGUGGGGAAGGCGAUAUAUGGAUUCAAAGAUCAAAUUUGAGGAAAACAAAGGUUUAGAUUUUGGACAUACACCAUCAAUACUCAUGCAUGAAAAUGUAUUGAACAGUGGACUGGAUGAAGGACAGAGGAAUGAUUGGGAUUAUUAUUCCCCACCAAUCAACUUCAAUGAGGUUGAAAAGUGGAAUUUCCAUCACUCAGCGGAUAUUCCAUUUUCACUUGAACAUCCUCCAACUGAGCCCAUACACCAAGACCAUUUAUCAGGUUUUGACCAAAAUUUCCUGAAUAUUGUUGGCAAUGAUCUGGGAUACUCACAGGUGAAGACAUAUGAUACAGAUACAUUCUUAAACAAUCCGCUUCAUAUUCAAUGUCAAACACAUUCAACUUUCCCUCCAUGGGUGACAAGCCAAAGCCAUAUGGAAUCACAGUCUAUCCUGGAGAGUAUUCAGACACAGGAAGGGGGGAGGAAUGUGUUGGAAAACAAUAUGAACAGUGGGACUUCAGAAUUACUUUCAAAUCCACAUCAAAGUGGUCAGUCCCUGGAAACAGCAGUCCCACCAGUUUUCAAGGAAGUCCAGGGGGUUUUGAAACUUUCAUCUCUGCAGACCUUUCCUGAACAUGCUGCCUCUGAUCAAACUAGAACUAAUCCUGCAGCUCUGUUUCAAAAUUGGCACAAUAUGGAACUGGAGAAUAAUCCUAACUUAAUACUUGGUAGCAGACUAAAUCAAGAAGAUGCAAAAGAUAAGGGUGGUCAUAGGGCAAUUUAUUUCAAGGAGGGAUUACCCUUUCUUUGCGCAGAUCCCCAAGGAGUUCCAAGAAAACGUUUGGCAGAUUUAAAAAUGAUUCCAGCAAUUGCCCCCUUCAUGGAAAAACUGAAAUUGUUUUUUGAUGGAAGCUUCAAAGAGAAGACUGAUAAGAUGUCAUCCAAAAUCCAGUCAUCUGUCAAAGCUAGACUUGAGUUAAUCACAUACCAGUUCUUUUUACUACAAGCAAAGGCUAAAUAUACCUAUGAAAAACACUUUGGUCAGGAUGAACUGGAAGACACUCUUGAGAGGGGAUAUCAAUGGAUCACAAACCUGUGGGACAGUCUCCCACUUGAUUAUAUGAUGUUCAAUAAUGUCAAAUCAGAUCAUGACAAUGUUCAGCAUGAUGACUCAAUUGAAUCCUUCUAUCAAACUGUAGUUUAUAGGCUGCAGAGGAGUGAUUUUUUGUGUCGUACUCAGAAGUACUUUUGUACUCGUCUACUUCUUCAAUGGAUUUUUGAACAUAAUCAGGUAUGGCUUGAAAAGUUGCUCAAAUACAAUGAUCCAAUAUGGUGGUCUAAACCUGCACCAUGUAUGCCUCAUCCAAAAUGUAAAGUACUAUUCAAUCAGAUUUCAAGAUCAGAACCACUAUCUAAUGCAGAAGACAACAUUUUGUUCAAAUAUUGA